CUGCAGCAUCACAGAGGAAAAGCUCUCCUGAAGAAGAUCUGGACUGUAGGUGACAAUGGCCGAAAGAGAAGCAGGAGAUACCGUGUCUGAAACCGAGGAACGCCCAAAAUGGGAUAAUAAGAUCCAGUACCUGCUGACCUGUAUUGGAUUUGCGGUGGGUUUGGGGAACAUUUGGAGAUUUCCCUACCUGUGCCAAAUCUACGGAGGAGGUGCGUUUCUGAUCCCGUACCUGGUGGCGCUGGUGUUCGAGGGUCUGCCGCUGCUGUAUCUGGAACUGGCCAUCGGACAGAGCCUCCGAAAGGGCAGCAUCGGGGUGUGGAACACCAUCUCUCCUUACCUAGGGGGACUCGGGGUGGCUUCUAUGGCCGUCUCCUUCCUGGUGGGUCUGUUCUACAACACCAUCCUGGCCUGGGUUCUUUGGUACUUCUUCAACUCCUUCCAGGAUCCACUGCCAUGGAGCCAGUGUCCCCUCGACGAAAGCCAAACAGGUUAUGUGGAGGAAUGUGUCCAGGGAACCCCAGUGAAUUAUUUCUGGUACAGGGAGACCCUCAACAUCACCCCGAAUAUCGAUAAUAACGGCUCACUGCAGUGGUGGCUGGUGCUCUGCCUGGCCACGGCCUGGAGCAUCGUCUACAUCUGCUUCAUCAGGGGCAUAGAGACCAUUGGGAAGGCCGUGUACAUAACAGCUACCUUUCCAUACCUGGUGUUGACCAUCUUCCUGGUGAGGGCACUUACACUUCCCGGAGCUACAGAUGGACUGAGGUAUCUGUUCACCCCAGAUUGGCAGAUCCUGUUAAAUCCUCAGGUGUGGCUGGACGCUGCCACUCAGAUCUUCUUCUCUCUGUCUCUGGCUUUUGGAGGUUUGAUUGCAUUCUCCAGCUACAACCCCAAAAAGAAUAACUGUGAGAGGGACACGAUGUUGGUGGGCUGCAUUAACAGCGCCACCUCCCUCUACGCCUCCAUAUCCAUAUUCGCCAUCCUGGGCUUCAAAGCCACCACCAACAACAUCAACUGCUUCAACAGCAACAUCCUCAAACUGACGAACGAGUUCGACAUCGCUGACCAGAACAUAACCAUGCAUAACUACGAUAUGUGGCUGGAGAACUUAAACGCCUCAUAUCAAGAGAGAGUGGCUAAUCUAACGCUCAGACACUGCAGCCUGGACAGGUUCCUGGACCAGAGCGCGUCAGGGACGGGUCUGGCCUUCAUCGUCUUCACGGAGGCCGUGAUUGAGAUGCCGGGCUCUCAGGUGUGGGCAGUGCUGUUCUUCCUCAUGCUCUUCAGUCUGGGCCUGUCCUCCAUGUUUGGUAAUCUGGAGGGGGUCCUGACUCCGUUGCUGGACCUCAACAUGGUGCCCAAGUGGAUGCCCAAAGAGCUCUUCACCGCUGUAAUCUGUGUGAUCUCCUUCCUGGUGGCUCUGAUCUUCACGAUGGGAUCAGGGAAUUACUGGUUGGAUGUCUUUAACAGCUACGUGGGCUCAGUCCCCCUCCUCAUCAUCGCCUUCUUCGAGAUCACUGCUGUAAUCCUGUUCUACGGCAUGAAACGAUUCAGUGAUGAUAUCGAGUACAUGACGGGUCGGAGGCCAAACUGGUUCUGGAAGAUCUGCUGGAUGGGGAUCAGCCCCAUCAUGCUGCUGGUCGUGCUGGUGGCCUACAUCGUCAUUCAGGGGCAGGUGCAGCCCAAAUACCCCACCUGGAACCCGGACUACGCGCUGUUCCCGGAGUCGGAGGAGAAGCCGUACCCCGACUGGGUUUUCUCCAUCUGCGUUCUCCUGUCGGCGGUGCCGGUGCUGCCGAUCCCCAUCGUGGCUCUGUACCACCUCUGCAGACGCUUCUGCAACAAAGACCACCACAAGCAGCAGCACCUGCCCCCUCCCAACCCCUACAGCAACAUGGCCUUCGACCCCGACACGUAGACGGACUCAGGACGGUACGGAGCGAGCCGGACCGCCACACCGAGGGGGUUUGUUGGGACCGGUUCCGCCUUCAGUCGCUGAGAGACUAAUGAUACAAGUCCCCACACAUUUCUCAACACAGGACCGGACAGGAAACGCCAGCACCACUGCUGCGUUUAUUUCUUUGUAUAUUGAUGAUUCCCACUGCGUUUUUGGUCAUUCCUGCUGCUCUUGUUGAAGGGAUAACAGGCUCAGGGCAUCAAUAAGUAGAAAGUGUGUGUCUGCCGAACAAACUUACUCCUAAAAUUAAAAUUAAAGUUAACCUGUUUAAAAAAGUCCAAAAAGACGUGAAAAUAAACCAAAUAAACCAAACGAACGAAAAUACAGUAACACUUGCUGUUCAUAAGGCUGCAUGACACCUACUUACGGCCGUCAUUCCGACCGACAUAACCCUACACAACUGCUUAUAAAUGCUUGUUCCAAUAAGCGUAAAAGCUACGUCUGCCAAUUUUGAUCAAAGUCAGCUAAAGUAGCCUUCAUGACCGACGACGCCUGUUGUGAUGGGCGUUUAUAAACAGUCAUGUAGCCUUAUGAACAGCGCCCUACAGUAAAGUGUUAACGAAAACGCUUCUAUUCAGAACUAUGGACUCUCCAAGAAUCCUCUGCACGGUUCUCUGCAUGGUGAAUGGGUUCUUUAGACUGAUGGAGAAUGUGCUGUAGCUCCACUAUUGGUUACUCACUUACAUAGUUCUAUACAGAACCAAAAAGUGGUUCUUUGGCCUGUUACAACGGCAGAACCCUUUUUGGUGCUAUUUAGAACCCUUUUCAAAAAGGUUCAAUAAUAGAAGCAUAUAUAGUACAUUCUCCAACAGUCUGAAGACCUUCACACCAUACAUCAUGCAGAGGAUUCCUGGAGUGUUCAUGGUUCUAUGGUUUAAGCACCGUCUUUACUGAAGAAUUAUUGUUUAUUUACUGAUUAUUAAUAAGGUGAUAUAUCGGAGAGUUUUCCACUGUUGGGCUGGAGUUUAGUGUGAAUGUUCAGACAGUCUUUCACAGAAAGCAGAGUCAGUGUUGAUCCUCUCAGCACUGACGGCUUCACACAGCUGGAAACCACAGCUGAGCUGCUUUGAGUUUAAUGCGAGAUCGAAUAUUCACCACAGGGUUUGAAUCUGUUUUUGUUUUUUCCAGUGUGUUCAGUUCAGUAAACAAACAGUAAAAGAACAGUAAACAAACAGCAACUGUGUAGAUCUAAACCUUUCCACAUGACUGCAUCGGGAGGUUCUUUAAACAUUAAAAAAGGUUCUUUACACUCGUCACUAGCCAUGAGACACCUGCUGAAAACUUCUUCGGGGAACCAAAUGGGGUUCUACUAUGGAGGCUUUGUCUAGAAGAGUUGUUGAGAUCUAUGCGAUUCAGCACUCGACAUAAUAAACGGUCACUUUCUGUCUCCACUGGGCCUGACCUCCAGCCCAGAUGACCUCAUUAACCCUCAGUCACCACAGCCGAGCAGGUGGAUCCACAGUUACCAGAUCAGGCAAAACCAAGGACUGCAGACCGGAAGGCUUGAUUCAGCGGUUCGGAUGCAGACUUGGUGGGUCCAAAUAAUAUCAGAUGAAACUUACAUACCAGAGCUGUCAAUCAACAGCUCUGGGAGGAACCUCAAAAUACACAGAUACACUAUAUGGACAAAAGUAUUGGGACGCCUACAGGAGCUUUUAUGAAUCCCAUUCUAAACCCAUAGGCAUUAAUAAGGAGCUGGUCCCCUUUGCAGCUCUAACAGCUUCCACUCUUCCGGGAAGCUUCUACAAGAUUUUGGAAUGUGUGGGAAUUUUUGUCCAUUCAUCCAGAAGAGCAUUUGUGUGGUCAGACACUGAUAUUGGACAAGAGGGCCCAAUCUCUGUUCUAGCUCAUCCCAAAGGUGUGUGAUGGGGUUGAGGUCAGGACUCUGUGAGGGCCAGGCAAGUUCCUCCACACCAAACUCAGCCAGCCAGGCCUUUAUGGAGCUGCUUUGGUCACUGGGGCUCAGUCAGGCUGGAACAGAAGAGGUUCUUCCCCAAACUGUUCUCACAAAGUUGGAAGCUACAACUGUCCAGAAUACCUGGUUCUGCUGAAGCAUUACGGUUUCCCUUCACUGGAACUAAGGGUUCUAGACCAACCACUGAAAAACAGCCCCAUAUCAUCAUCCCUUCUCCACCAAACUUUACAGCAGGCACAGUGCAGUUAGGCAGAUAACGUUCUCCAGGCAUUCGCCAAACCCAGACUCGUCUAUCAGACUGACAAAUAGAGAAGAUUCAUCACUCCAGAGAACAUGGUUCCACUGCUCCAGUGAGUGAGUCCAGCGGUGGUGCUUUACAGCACUCCAUCCGAUGCUUGGCACUGCGCUCAGCGAUAGUUUUACAGUUAACUGUAAUGCCUUGUAUGACAACGUGCUAACCUGCUAACUCUCUGGGAAGUGAAAUCAGGAUGGGGUUGUGAGAUUGAGCAACAACAGGCUUUCUGUCAGUCAGACGAUAAUGAGUGCACUAGCGCCACCUACUGUGAGCUCCACCUUGGAUCUCACUCUUAGCUUUGUUUCCCACCUAAUACGCUCCACCAUAUUUAGCCCAAAAUUUUGUCGUGGGUUUCCCCAGAUGGUCUCGCUACAAAUCUGGCACCACAAGGCUGCAAAACCCGUAACCAACAACAACUAAACGCACCACAAAAAACACAAACAAGGCAUGUUUCUUUAUGGACUUUUUAAUUUGGCUCCAUCUGAGGUCAACAGGAGCCCGGCUAAAUUUACAACAGCGCUGAUAACGAGAGCCCAAAUGAGACCAAUUAGCACAGAUAAGCCACUGACGCGUUACAAAUCAGCUCUCCGCUCAAAACAGUCGGGAUCUAGUUUGGCCUAAAGCCACAGAUAAAGUGCUGCUGGACUGGUGGCCAGCGUGGCAGACUGUGUGACGGCUAUGACUGAAUGAAAACAGCUUCAGAAAAGCUGCUUGGAAACUUUAUUACUGUUUUUAUUUGAUGUCGGAGCAAUCGGACGCAAUUAACGUCCAUCUGUAACCAACACUGGACAAACAAAUACAAACCUCAGCAGAAAGCCUGGCCCAAAUGAUAUGGAGAGAACAUCAGC